AUGUCCAUGCUGUCUCCAGGAGCUAGUGUGCUCGCUGCCCCAGCCAGGCGCAGAGCUGCCUGCGCCUCAGCAUCUUGGACGCCUCGUCCAGCAUGGGCAGGUCGUCCCCCUACGACCUCGACCAAACGUGCACUUCAUCAUGACUCGCAAGCUGACACCAGCGAGCGUGGCAGUCAACAGCCCACUAGCAUCAGCAGCAAUACACCCUCAUCCUCUUCAUCUUACACACGACGCCGCCCUGUCUGGCGCGACAUUCCAGCAUACAAUGCCGACCCAUCAUCCUCAUACCCAUCACCAGCACCACCGCCUCCGCCUCGUCAACCCCAACCUUCAUCAUCGACGUCGACGUCGACCUCGACAACCUCAGAGACUUCGAACGCUCAUCUUAAUCGUGGCAAGACGGGCACGCCCAAUUGCAAAAGCGCCGUCUAUCUCAAAUUCGCAUCCCUGCCGGUCGACCAGUUGCGACACUCUCGUGGACUCAAAAUCCAUAAGGGAGCUCACAGAGCCAUCGUUCUUGUCGAAGAGUCGAAAGACGUCAUCGAUGCCUUUGUCAUCGGUCGACUCAAGGAAGAGCGUCUCUCGCCGAGUAGAGCACUUGCAGAGGUGACGGAGCUGCUGCCGGAGGAUGUUGGACAGGAGCAGGCGGCGCUCCUGCUGAUCAGUAGUCUCACGACGGGCGACAGGGCAACGAGCGAAAAUCUGGCAUUUGCUAGAGCGCUCUACAUGCUCCAGCGAGAUGAAGCGCGAGCCAGGCAGACAGCAUCAGCGCCUAUCAGACACCUCGCUCGCGUCGUUCGUCCAUCCUUCGACAAAGUGGGCUCCAGUGUGGCUUACGCUGCCCUGGCAGCUGAGAUCGUUCAAGAUCGCAGGCUCAAGCCAGCGGAGCGUCGCUCGCUUGUCACAAGAGCAAUGCCAGGGCUCUGCCAUCUACUGCGUACCCUAAGCCAGACUGGGCAUGGACGACACACGAGGGAGAUUAGGCGCAAUCACCUCUACGAAGUCUGGAGGGAGGCGAUCGAAAGCCUACUAUUAGAAGGAGUCCUCUCUCCGGCGAGCGGACAUGGGGCCGGAUCAUCCUCGCAAGCUGCUGCGCUCUGCGCUCAAAUGCUCAUGAUGGCCGUUCGUUGGGGCCCCUCAUUCUCAGCCGUCAGGCUCGCAGAGUCUCUUCACUCGGUGAAUAGCCUGGAACAAGUCAUCAAAGGCGCGACGGCUUCCUCAUCCCGCGUAGACGUCGAUAAUCUGUCCUCUCUUCCUGUCACGGAGCAGCUAGUGCACGGGCUCAUCUCGCGAGGUGCGGCGCAGCAUGCUGGGAGUAUCUUCAUGAUGUUACCACACACGCUUCGCAGCUUUGAUGGGUACGUCGCCCUACUGGAGCACCUUGGCGAGUCGGAUGCCUCGAUACCGCUCGAUUCACGCUACAAGCGGGCAAUGCCUCCGAGACCUCCCUCCAUCACGUUCCAGCGAGUCCUUUGGGAGGAUGCAUUGGCGCACGUCCGGCAGAGCGAUGGGAAGGAACACAUCGCCUGGCUCAAGCGCCUCUUUGGCGCUCGCAUGGUCAGUCAUGCUCGACACGGCAGCGCCAAUAUGGUUGAGCAGGAUCUGGGCCACAUGCAAAUGGUGGGCUUGCCGGGCAAUGGCUCUGAGUUGAGCAGCAAGGCGCAGGUUGCAAUUGUGCGGGCGUUUAUUCGAGCCGGGAGAUGGGAUGAGGCCAAAGAGCGCGCCAUCCAGAUGCUGGCGCAGCGCAGGCAAGAUGCGAACCAUGAGCUGGCUGUGGCCAGGCAAGGCGCUGCGAUGCUCAAUACCCUAAUCGCUGGCGUCGUGUCCCAAGACAUCGAAGCAGCAGGGCUGCCAGCCGAGCACCGCAGCGAGCAGGACGAUGACGAGGGCGCAAACGUCCCAGCAGGACGCGGCCUCCUCGAUCAAGUCCUCAGCGAGGUUUCACUCCCUAUCGGAACCCUCGUGCAAGUGCUACGCUGCCACGACUCCCUCGUCGAAGAGCUCAAUGUUGUCCCAGACGCAGUGACUCGCAAUAUUCUGCUCGGCUUCCUCUUCCGCUGGCGUCUUGCCCCGCUCGGGGACGACAUCUCUACGAUACGCCAGUUGCUGAAGCGGUGUGGCGUCUUUGGAGGUAAGAAGGGGGGCGGCAAGAAGGGAGGAGCAGAGCGGUUACAGGAGGCUCGCGAGUUCAUGGCGCAUGGCAAGAGUGUGCUCAGAGCCAUCAUCAAGACGCUAUACGAGCAGGGGCACGUGGAGCACGCGCAGUGGGUUGUGGGGAUGCUCAAGGAGGCAGAGCUGGCGGCGCAAACUGAGCUGCGCAAAGGCGGGGCUCAUAGCGAGCGCGUCGAUCUCGAUCUCGUCAACGAUGCCAGAUUCAUCGUCAGCUCGCCAAGCGGCUGUGCUAGGCCACCGAGCUACACGAUCCCAAACUCGCUGCGACUGCCUUCGAUCGUCACCUCGAUCCGUCUCUAA